GCAACAUCUUCGGCGGCGCCCUGUGUUUGAUGGACAAUUGUUCGGAUAUCUCUGGAAAAAUUGACAGCGUAGUAUUCUCAACCUCGGUGUCCCCAUACGGGGGUCGUUAACGAGGUCCUGGGUUUAAGCCUUCGAUACCACGCCGCUACGUUUCAACCCCCUGCGCUCUUGAAAUGAGAUGACCCUCCAAUUUUUUCACACAGCUGACUUCCAACAACCAUGAAAAUCAUUGCGUCUCUUAUGCCAGCCUUCUUCGGCAGUGCUGCGAUAGCAGCCUCGAUCUCACCACACCAUGUGGCCAACCAGAUAGCGCCCUGCACCUUCACCGGCUCAACCGGCUUCGACCUCCUCUCCAAACGCAACAGCUCUUGUCAAGACAUCAUCCUCUCCGACCUCGAAGUACCCGCGGGCGUAACUCUCAACCUAGACAAUCUCAACCCAGGUACAUCAGUAACCUUCACCGGCAAAACCGUCUUCCCCUUCUUCCCCGCCGGCUGGGCGGGUCCCCUCCUCUCCAUCUCCUCCUCCUCCCAGCUCACCAUCCGCGGCCUCCCCUCCUCUCUGUUGUACGGCAGCGGCGAAUCCUACUGGGACGGCCUCGGGCAAAACGGCCCCAUCACCAAACCAAAAUUCUUCCAGGUGCACAACCUGAUUGAUUCUGUGAUCGAGGGUAUCACGAUCUUCAACGCACCAGUGCAGGUGUUUAGUAUCAACGGCUGCAAAAACGUGACGCUGAGUGGCGUGACUGUUGAUAACAAGGCGGGAGAUGGCGACUGGAAUGCUGGAAAAGGGGGAAGAAAUACGGAUGCGUUUGAUAUUGGGUCGAGUACGGAGGUGAGGAUUGAGGGGGCGCAGGUGUGGAAUCAGGAUGAUUGUGUUGCUAUUAAUUCGGGGACGAAUAUCACUUUCCGCAACGGUCUUUGCUCAGGAGGCCAUGGUCUGUCAAUUGGUUCCGUUGGCGGUAGAAGUGAUAACACCGUCCAGAACGUCUUGUUCGAGAACUCGGUGAUUGCGAAUUCUGAGAACGCCUCCCCUACUUCAAUACCUACAGGCGCCCGAAUCAAAACCAAAUACGGAACCACCGGUAUCGUCUCCAACAUCACUUACCACAACGUCAUGCUCCAAAACAUAACCAAGUACGGCAUCGUGGUCGACCAGUCCUACAGUCCUCCUUCCAAGAACGCGCCGCCAACUAAUGGCGUGUCCAUUACGGGGUUCACACUUGUCAACGUGACGGGAAAUGUGCUGCCAACUGGCACAAACAUCUUUGUGAACUGCGGCGAUGGAUCUUGUAAGCAAUGGGAAUGGACAGAGGUUGAUGUUAAGGGCGGGAAAAAGAGCUCGAAGUGCUUGAGAGUUCCGUCGGGUGCCAGCUGCUAAACAUAGGGAUGAUGGGUAUAUCCCAAGACAUUGUGUAACUAUAUUCAAUUCAUGUCCCAAGAGCCAUGAAGAAAACCAAAACUUGGAAGUACUAUGUACCAAGCGAUGCCGUCUAACAAGAACUCCCCAACGAACCCCGAAUAUGACAUAUAAAACGUACUUCUCAAGCCUUCUUCAUCUUCUUAUCACCACCACCAGGCCGUCCCAAGACAGAUACAACUCCAACAAUCCAAGCAGGCCACCACACGCACCAUACCACAACAGGCGUAUAUGUCCCCGUGACAUCCCAAGCAAACGCCGCCUGCCUCAGCACCUCUCCCAAUCCAUAUCCCACCUUCUC